GAUUUAGCAAACCUCCACUGUUCGCAUUUAUACGACCUCAAAAGUCCGUCCUCGAGAAUACAAAAAUUGUUAUCAACUUUUCUCCUAGAUUUAACUGUAUCAUGACUGUAGACGUGACGGCAGCCUCUGCAACACAACCGCUUCUCCUGCAACAGCAGGAGGAUUUCUCUCUGGACGAAGAAUCCCAGUCCGUCGAGGUCCCUAAGGGUUACUUGAAGCCUGAAGAUAUCGAAUGGGAAUUUGGUGGUUCCCUCGGAGCCUUUGGAAUGAUGACUGGGUUCCCACUCUUGAUGUAUUACAUGUGGAUCAGUGCCCAGUUCUUUGACGGGAAGCCUGCUUGGCCCGUUGAUGGUGAGACAUGGUCUCAUUUCCUUGUGGAUACUCUUUUCUACAAAUACUUUGUUGGUCAUGGUAUUCCAUCAAUCAAGACCUUUGUCAUCUUCACCUUGUUCAUUCUUGUCCAAGGAGUGUUUUACGUCACCUUGCCAGGUGUCUGGACCAAGGGUCAACCAUUGACCCACUUGAACAACAAGCAACUUCCUUACUUUUGUAAUGCAGUCUGGUCUUUCUACGUCACCGUGGCCAUUGUCUUGACCUUACACUUCACCAAUGUUUUCCCCUUGGGUUAUAUUUUGGACAACUUUGGUGAAAUCAUGACCACUGCCAUUUUCUAUGGAUUCACCUUCUCCCUUGGCUUGUACUUGAUUUGUCUCUAUGUCACCAAGGAUUACCAUAGAAUGACUGGUAGCCAUUUGUAUGAUAUCUUUAUGGGUGCUCCACUUAACCCAAGAAUCGGUCCUUAUUUGGAUCUUAAGAUGUUUUUCGAAGUUCGUUUGCCAUGGUUCAUCUUAUUUUUCCUUUCUUUGGCUUGUUGUUUGAGACAAUAUGAAACCUAUGGUUAUGUUUCUCCUCAAGCUGCCUUUGUCUUGUUGGCCCAUUGGCUUUAUGUCAAUGCCUGUGCCAAGGGUGAAGAACUCAUUGUCCCCACCUGGGACAUGGCCUAUGAAAAAUUCGGCUUUAUGUUGAUUUUCUGGAACAUUGCUGGGGUUCCUUUCACUUAUUGUCAUUGUACUUUGUAUCUUGCCUGGAACGAUCCAAAGGAUUACCAAUGGCCAAUCUAUGUCAAUGUUAUUCUUUUUGUUCUUCUUUUGACUGCCUACUACUUCUUUGACACCGGUAACAGACAAAAGAACUCAUUCAGAAGAACCAUUGCCGGGAACAAGAACCUUAGAAAGACUUUCCCAUACUUGCCAUACAGUGAUUUGGAAAAUCCAAAGUAUAUCAAGUGUGCCAAUGGAUCUUAUCUUUUGACCGAUGGAUGGCUCAUUUAUGCCAGAAAGUUCCAUUACACCGCUGACUGGACCCAAGCUUUGACCUGGGGGUUGAUCUGUGGGUUCAAGUCCCCAUUCCCAUGGUUCUUCCCAGUGUUUUUCACCAUUGUUUUGGUCCACAGAGCAUUCAGAGACUCUAGAAAGUGUGUCAAGAAGUACGGCAAGGAUUGGGACAGAUAUUGUGAAGCUUGUCCAUAUUUGUUCAUUCCAUAUGUCUGGUAAAUAGAAUCAGACCUCACCUGGUGGUGAGACCCCAAAUAAAAUAAGUUG